AUGUCGGCCGCGGAACUGCAGCAAAUCGAAACAACCUUGAGGCGGGAGAUUGAGGCUCUGGAAAAAGAGCGGCGUGAUGGUGAUUUGGCGUUUUCUAAUAAGCAGCAGCAGUUGGGGGAAGCUCGUGAGCGAGUGGCGGCGGCACGUGGUGAUGGUGAUCGAGUGUCGUUGAUGAAGGAGGAACUGAAGGCGCAGAUCUUGGCUCAGAAACGAGACAGCUUGAUGAGACUGAAGGAGCAGAAUGAUGAGCUCCUUGAGCAGUUUGAGAAUGCGUUGGCACGAGGCAAGACGGAACUGCAAAAGGUGAAGGAGAGUAAACAUGUCCAACAGAAGAUCUACGUCUUGCUUCGAGAAAAGGGCAUUGCUGAGUUCCAGGCCUACUCGCCGGGCGAAGUGUCCGCAUCCGAGGAUGAAGGUGAGGAAGGUGAGGAAGAUGAAGAACUACAAAUGAUCAAGCAACCCAGCUUCAGCGCCAAUCUCCAAGUAGAUGACGACAACGGAGACGUGGAUAAUGCCCAACACCCGAGUGUCGCCGGCUAUGAAGACGAAGAGGACGCUCCAGUACCAUCGGCAAACGAGGACGCUCCGGCGCCAGUAGCUGAUGAGCAGCUAUAA